GCCGGCAAGAAGCCAUAGCGAUGUCUUCAGGUAGCCUGUGAAGAAGGCAGAUCUCUUCGAAAUCGUACAACGAAAAUUUGAAUUUUUCUUUAUUUUAUAUUGCGUAAUAUUCCUGCUGCGCAUCUUGCUUGGAGUUCUGGACAGUACCUGAUUCGGAGGAAAAAUGGACGAGUGUUAGUGAGAGUGGUUUCCACCUUCUCCCCCUCUUACCAAGUCUGCCAUCUAUAUAACUGUUCGCAACGGAGAGCUUUCUGUUUACAGUGGGAUCUUGAAGGCUGGAUAUAGGGCUAGUCCUGUUACUCUCAACUCGAAAACGGUUGCCAAAUGUAACGAAGAUAACAUAGAGGACAAAGCAGAAAAGUGAAUGGAUGUGUGCAUGUGUGAGAGAAGGGGGAUGAUGGUCGCUCGGUGACAAAGUCGUGAACGAAUAGAAACAGCAACACGUUAAUAAAACGCGUAGCAUCGGUGUGAUACAAAUGUGACGAAUAGUAGAGGUGAUCAGACAUAAUUGAUUUAUCGUCGUUCUAAAGUUGUCCUCUUUGAAGAAAAAAAGUUCUACUCAAGUUGAACGUUUCAUUCGUUGACCGUUACUAAUAUACCGUUGUGGAUAUCAAGCGUUCGCCUCGACGGAUGGAAUUCAUAUAGGUUUUUGUACGACGAUCGGUCCUGCCUUUCCGUGUACGCUGAAGUUCUUUGAAAUAUUUUUUAUGUUUGUUCAAAUUAUGUGAUUAAUAUCUUUACAGAUACCGAGGAAGAAAAUUAAAGAGAACUGUGUCGUGCUUUUGAGGAUAUAAACCUUAAAGGAACUAGAUGUAAGACUCUUGUGCCGGAUGUACUACCCUCUACGAUAAUAGUUACAAUGACUGAAACGCUUUAAGGAUUCGAAUAGGGUGGCUGUGAGUUCAAGUGGCGAGGGACGCUGUGCCAUUGGACGCGACGCGCACAGGCUGCUGAGAAAGCCUGCGAUGCCCCCAGCGACAGAUAUGUACCUGAUUAGAAAUCGACUGGCGACCAUUCUUCCAGAACUUCUGGGUUUCAUUUGCACAGUAUGGAUGGUGGUUCAGGCCGCCCCCUCCGAGGUAUUCCUCGAUGGCCAUGGUGCGCUUACGCUCAACGCAUCUAUGACUAUUUUUCAAAGGACUCGAACAACUCUCGCCUUCAGGACGUGCCAAGGUGGAGGACGGCUUCUCCAACAGCGAUGGGCCGGAGGUCAAGAGGUUACAAUUGAAGUCUUGGAAAGCGGAGCAAUUCAAAUGAGUUGGAAAGUCCGAGGUCGACAGGAGACUGUGCACGUAGGGCUGAACGUUCUCGACAACAGAUGGCACGAUGUAGAUUUGCACCGACGAUUGGGAGCUCUCGUACUUCAUGUCGAUAAUACAUCGCUUGUUCUGGCAACAACGGCAGCUGCUUCUAUUGAAUCGGGUAGAUCUGGCGGUAACCUUCGGACAUAUCUUCUUCAAGAAUCACUUCAGAGUAAUCCUUCGAAAGCAGCGGAGUUGAUUACAGUUAUCGGAGAUGAAUUUACCGGGUGUAUUGUUGAAGGUGCGGGGGUUGAUUUGUCAACUAUUUCGAAGGUGUCUGGAGACGUCAACUUGGGUACCAAAUGCGCCCAGCAGUUCCUGGAGAGUGAAACCUGCCUGGGGUAUGGCAUCGAACCGUGCUUUUCAUUUAUCUGCGAAAACGGAGGCACCUGCAGAGCAGCUGGCGAUGAAGCCAAAUGUCUCUGUCCCAGGCGGUACACUGGGGCCCGUUGCGAGGUCGAUCAAGGAUUACAAUGCAGGCCUGAAUUCUGCCUAAACCACGGCACAUGUCAAGAGAGUUCCGACGGAGAUAUUAUGUAUUGCUCGUGCAAAGCUGGCUUCUAUGGCAAAAGAUGCGAAAAACCGGCAGGCCCGUCCCGUCAUUGUGCCAGUGCACCAUGCGCCAACGGAGGACGUUGCCAUGCUUCGGAAGAUAACGAAAGUUACGAAUGCACCUGUCAACCAGGCUUCACUGGAAAGAACUGCGAGACAAAAGUCAAUAACUGCGGUAGCGCUCCUUGCCGAAAUAACGGUUCAUGUGUCGAUGCUCCCCUGGGUUACACAUGCCACUGUCUAAAAGGAUUCCGCGGUCCUAAUUGCGAAAUUAAUAGGAACGAGUGCAUAGAGGACUAUUCACCGUGUAACGGAAGGGGCCGUUGUUUUGACCGUUACGGAGGAUUUCAGUGUGUGUGCGACAAGGGGUUCGAGGGAAACCAAUGCGAGCGGGCCGUGGAUCGGUGCGCCGGAGGGCCCUGUCACCACGGUGGAACCUGCACUGCGACAAUAUCCGGAUACUACUGUCAAUGCACCGCAGGAUUUACGGGAGAAAACUGCGAGGUUUCUGAUUGUUCACGAAAGCCUGCCAACAAACAAUGCGCCGAUCCACACGCAGCAUGCGAUGCUCGAAGCGGAAAGUGUCACUGCAAGCCCGGUUACGUGCUCAAUCAGGGAUCGUGCCUGCCUGCACGCUCGUGCCUAGAUGCGCCCUGCUGGAACGGUGGGACUUGUUCGGGCAACGGGUUUGCGUAUACGUGCCUCUGUCCAGGACUCUUUGGCGGACGUCACUGCGAAUAUGACCAGGACAGUGGCAAACAUAGCGGAAGAUGUGAUGAUGCGCUUUGCGCCAAUGGAGGGAGUUGCAUACAAGGCUCGACAAACUGUACCUGCGUGCCAGGCUUUGCUGGUCCACUUUGUGAAAUCAACGAAAACAAUUGCGAAGGUCACCCAUGUCUCAAUCAUGGGCAUUGUGUAGAUCUUGUCAACGAUUUUAUCUGUUCGUGUUUACCAGGUUUUAUGGGAAAAACUUGCAAUGUUUCAAUGUUACCUGUUUUAGUUCCUCGGGGGACUCCGUGCACGUUUCACCAGUGCGGCGCCAACGGGAAAUGUAUCGAACAGGAUGGGCAUGCAAUAUGCGAAUGUGACGCAGGAUUUGCGGGGGAACACUGCGAUCUCGCCCGCACUUCUCUUGUAGCAUGUAGAUGUCAGAACGGAGCUAGCUGCGGGGAUGAUGGAGCGUGCCAUUGCCCUGACGGAUUUUACGGUGUCGAAUGCGAGCAUGUCGUAGACGCUUGUGAUGAGGCACCUUGUAACAACAACGGCCAGUGCACCUCGAAAGGACCCAAUGAUUUCGUAUGCUUAUGCCCCCAGGGUUACGCCGGGAAGAUGUGCGAGCUAAAUACUAACGACUGUGCGGGAGUGAAAUGUCCCGGCAAGCAAACGUGCCAUGAUUUACUCAACGGUUACGAGUGCAGAUGUCCUGAGGGAUGGGAUGGAGAUGCGUGCGAUAUGGAACUUAACGGCUGCGAACCUAACCCUUGUUUCGAGGGCGCGACCUGUAUCAACCGACUAGGCAGACAUAUUUGUCACUGCCCACAGGGACGGGCCGGAGAGAAUUGCACCGAGAUUGUUUCCAAAUGCAAUCCUACGUUAUGUUUGAAUGGAGCAUUGUGUCAGGAUCGUAAUGACUCGUAUCAAUGCUUCUGUUUGCCGGGUUUUGCGGGGGAACACUGUGAAGUGAACUUCGACGAAUGCCUUUCAUCCCCUUGUCAGAAUGGGGCUACAUGUAACGAUAUGAUCAAUAGGUUCGAGUGUUUCUGUGCGCCUGGUUUCACAGGCCGCUUGUGCCAAAUUGAUAUAGACGAAUGCGCCUUACAGCCCUGUAAGAAUGGUGCUCUGUGUAAUGAUCGCGUGGGGCACUACAUGUGCUCAUGCGUUCCGGGUUACACAGGUCAGAACUGCGAGACCGACAUUGACGAGUGCGCGGAUCAGCCCUGUGAACAUGGCCGUUGUAUCGAUCUCGUGAACGACUUUCGUUGUGACUGCGCAGACACCGGCUUCAAAGGGAACCGUUGUGAAACAAAUAUUGACGACUGCGUCGAAAUGCCUUGCGAAAAUGGCGGUAUGUGCGAAGAUGGAAUCAAUGAGUUCACCUGUCAUUGUAAUCCCGGCUUCGUUGGAAAAACAUGUGAGGUGGACGUACCAGAAUGCGAACUAAAUCCGUGCUUCGAUGGCGCCACCUGUUUAGAACGAUCCAAUCGGACUCUCUACGCGUAUAACUACCUCAGUCUAUUUCCUCUAUACAAUGAGAGCGACGCCGCUGGCUAUAUUUGUGUUUGUCCCAAUGGUUUUACCGGAGUUCAUUGCGAAACUAAUAUUGAUGACUGCGUUGAUCACCAGUGUCGAAACGGAAGCUGUAUCGAUGAGAUCAACGGGUAUAGGUGUAAGUGUCAUAGGGGCUUCGAAGGUGAAUUCUGCGAGUUAGAGAUCGACGAAUGUGAGCGUCUUAUUCCUUGCGUCCAUGGUAGUUGUCAGGACUUGGUUGGCGACUAUAGUUGUUCUUGUGAGCGCGGCUUUGGUGACAAAAACUGUUCGACUGCCCUAGUUGGCUGUCAGAAGCAUGGAUGUUCGGAGCAUUCGAAGUGCGAUCCGUUCCUCGAUGCUGAGGAACAACACCAAUACAGGUGUCUUUGCGAUUCGGGAUACGUCGGCAGACAUUGUGAAACAGGCACGACAGUGUCGUUUCAAAAGCUCAACUCUGCCUGGGAACUGCAGUUCAGUAACCGAAGGGAAGACUUCUCAAUGUCGCUAUUCUUUCGUACAUCUCUUCGACACGUGCGGGUCGUUGGCCUAAAUGUGCUUACCGAAAAGGACACCUUUGUAGGCAUUCAUCUAGGCCAGCUGGUAGUGACGCAGAGGUACCGAGAUGUACUUCGUUUAGGAAGUAACCUGAAUGACGCAGAAUGGAAAAAUUUUACCCUAGCUAUUUCCGCUCACGGACGUAUCGAAGCUUUCGUUGGUGACUUCCACGGAGAAGUGGAGGGCAUAUUGCUUGGGGGCGACGUGAAGUCAGCUGUACUUGGUUCGGCCGAUGUUUCGACAGCUAAAUACGUCGAUGGAUACAUUGGUUGCAUGCAACAAGUACGUGUCAACGACGAACUGAUGAUCCCAUCAAGGCAAAUCGAACAUCUACAUGGAACGUCGGAUAUCUGCGUCCGCACGCCUCAAUGCACACACACGCUCUGUCAAAAUAGAGGCGAGUGCCACGAUGAAUGGUUCAGUUGGUCUUGUCUUUGUCGGAGACCGUUCUACGGUGAACUAUGCGAGAAAUCCUAUCCAGCCGCCACCUUCGGAUUUAUGAGAAAUGUUUCUUGGGUAAAAAUCUUGAUUGAACCGGAAGAGGCAGAGAGCAUUUCAAGAUCGACGGAUGUAUCCCUGUUUGUAAUGACCCGCAGUUCACUGGGUCUCCUAUUUUACCUAGGUACAGAACCUACACAACAGCUUCAGGAAAGCUAUCUCGCUGCUGUUUUAGAGCAUUCUCAUCUUAAAGUCAUCCUGAAAGUUGACUCUACGGUGUAUCAAAUGCAGGUGGAUAGCGUAAAGCUUAAUGACGGCCAGCAGCACUUCAUAAACGUUCAGAGAAAUCAAAGUGCGCUGUUAGUCACAGUUGAUAAGGCCAUGCGUUCGCUUCCGUUAAACGGUGGAUCGUUAAAGGCAACGGAGCUUCACCUCGGUUGGAUGAACACGCAUAAAAGUGAGACACAGAAACUCGUUGCUUCGGCACAAAUGAGAGCACAAGAUGCUGCACGAAGUGUAAACAUAUCCACUAGCUUAGACUCUUCGACUUCAGCUCCUUUAACCACGCACUUCACUCCACUUGAUCAGCAACCUGUACAGUCAUCAACAGGAGCACCUGCUAUAACUUCGACUUCUACGGCGUCCCCACCUACUUCAACGGCAGGUCCGUUGAUCGUUGAAAAUACGUUAGCUCUAACAAGAUACAAAAGACAGAUUGAGGGUGUAACAGACCUUACUGGAAACACCCCCCGUCUAAAAGGAGUUCUGCAGGAUGUGCGAGUUGGAGAUCGCCAUGUACCAUUUAAGCUUCAAGAUGCUGGAGGACUUUGGUUUGGAAAGGCACUCGAAAGACAUAACGUCAUUGAAGGUCAAAUGGGUGAUCCUGUUUGCGAUUCGAAUCCAUGUCAGAACGGAGGAUCUUGUGUCGACAUAUUCAACGCUUUUGAAUGUCGAUGCACUGAAGAUUUCCGCGGUCCCUUAUGCGAAGAGCUCAAGCCCUGCCGAAAAUACUUGUGUCCCGGUUCUUCGAAAUGUCAGGACCUUGUGGAUGGCUUUGAAUGCGUGGCGAAUGCUUCUUUCGAAGGACGAACAACACUCGAGUACCGAGCUUCACUCGACGCAAAUGCCAUUGCUAACGCUACUUCCCUAGAGUUGAAGGUAAUUCUUGAAUCAGCAGCUGAUCUACUACAAAUUUCAUCCCCUGGUCAACUCCUGCGCGUCGGAGUCUCUCCCGAGGGACGUGUGCGUCUUAACGCUAACGGACAAACGGUGGAUGUCGGAGAACAGCCCGUUACGGAUGGCCAGUGGCACCACUUCAAACUGACGUCUCGUGCUCCCAACAAGCUGGAAAUGGAUGUUGACAACAUGAAAACGGAAAUACAACUCACUUUGCCGUUGAGUUUCGGGUCGACACUCGAAGAGAUUCGUCUUGGCGAACGCUUGAAGGGAGCCCUCGGCGAAGUCCGGAUAGGUGGAAUUCUUCUACCCUUCUUCGAGGAUUCACAACUGUCAAACAGUACGGCAAAGAACAAGUUCAUCAUGGUCGGUUCAGCUCGUCCCACAAUUGGCUUGGUACUCUGCUGGGAGGGGGACUGCGAUAAUGGAGGCAAAUGUCGAGAACCUACUCUUUCGUUUCGUUGUGAAUGCAAAGCUGGUUGGCAGGGCACCAAUUGUCAGGAAAAUGUCGAUGAAUGCACGCACUUGUCUGAACCAUGCCUCAAUGGAGGAUCGUGUCGGGACACAGUUGGGUCCUACCAGUGUGUUUGUCCGGAAGGUUUCGAAGGCGCGCGUUGCGAAGAACGUAUUUUCUAUUGCCGUUCAAGUCCCUGCCGCAAUGGAGCCACUUGUGAGGAUACUGCUCCAGGAAACUUCUCUUGUCUCUGUAGUCAUGACUGGGAUGGACCUCUUUGCCAGGAACGGCGCAUUAUUGAUUGUUACAAUUCUGUGCCCUGUCUCAAUGGUGGAACGUGCGCUAAUCGAACACCUGUCGAAGAUACGGCCAUUGCUUACGAAUGCGCGUGUUCGCCGGGCUUCGAGGGACGUGAUUGUGAAAUUCCCAAGAACUUCUGCAAAGCACAACCGUGCUUAAAUGGUGGACAUUGUCAAUCGUUGAACCAUGAAGCAACAUUUAAAUGCGUCUGCCAAAAAGGCUAUGGAGGUCAUAUUUGCGAUUUCGAGAUCGAUUACUGUCUGGUUGAUGGCUGUGAAAAUAGCGCCACCUGCACAAAACACUUGGGGGGACGCACCUGUAACUGUAGCGGAACUGGCUUCAAGGGAGAACGCUGCGAGCAGGAUAUUGAUGAAUGCCUUUUAAAGAAAUGUCUCAACGGUGGCACCUGCAAAAAUCUGAGGGGUUCAUUUGAGUGUCGCUGUCCGCCAGACUUCUUUGGACAGACAUGUGCCUACAACAAUACAUGCUUCGACCAAAAUCCUUGCGAAAAUGGAGGUACGUGUGUACCUUUUGAGGAUAAUGAUCUCAAAUUCGUAUGCAGUUGCCCCGAAGGCUUUACCGGACAAAGAUGCGAAGAUCAGCGGACAGCACUGUCUUCAUCUGACGUACGACUGAUCGUUGGCCUUUCGGCUGCCUGCGUCCUUCUGCUCUGCUUUAUCGUUGCCGUUGGUCUAUUUCUCCGGGUGGCGAAAAGAAAACGGGCAACGCGAGGAACGUACUCACCGUCACGCCAAGAGAUCUAUGGCUCACGGGUCGAGAUGGCUCAUGUGAUUAAACCUCCACCGGAGGAACGACUCAUUUAAAUUAGAAUAAAUUAAAUGAAAAAAGUAUUAAAGUUAGUCAGCCACUCGGAUAAUAUUUUAUUUGGCUAAUUUAGCCAUUGAUUAUGAUAGCUUCAUGAAGUGUGACGCAAUUGUAUUUUUAUACAAACCGACAGUGGUCGUCUGUAGAAAUUCGAGUGAGACAGCUUAGAAACACAGACAAAAGCAAGCUCGGCUGCUGUCAGUCAUAUAAUUUUUCACAAUUCCAUUUUAGCGCCGUGUUUUAAACUGCGUUUUGGAUUGCACAGCUACAAGGUAUUUUCGACAGUUGUUAUCGAAAGGAAGAAGUCAGCCAUAUUGUGUAAAUAUCUAACAAGUUGCAAUGCGAACGAAAUAUAUGAAAAUGGUAGUAGUUUGUAUCAAUGCAAGAACAAAUAGAUGUCAGAGAUGUUACAAUUAGCCGGACAGUAGAGAACGAUCACAGAAAUACAGCACAAUCAGCUGUUGGCCUUGCAAUACGACCGGGUGACGGUGAAUAGAAUGUGUUUAAUACGAAGGAGCUUGCACUUAAAAGCUAAGAGUGAUGAACUUACAUGGUUACACUUACUCGAUACCUCGGUGACCUGACAUUCAAGGAACUAAAAAUGAAGCUCAAAAUUCAAAGGUACUACAGAUCGACUUCGUUUGCAGGCGUCCUAUCUGCAGGCUACAUUGUUGGUUCUUCCUAGGCGAAGCUCGAAUGAGAAGUUAAUGUCGUAUAGCCUUUUGCGGACCUUUGACCGGGCAAAUUAUGUCAUGAGCGCUACUUAACGCUCUAAAUAGGACGCUUUAUGAUAGUGAUUACUACUGUCUCAUUUAGAUAGAUAAACUUACCAUGACUAAUUCAAAUGACACUCAAUUCCUAUAUGACAACGAGUUUUAAUGACUUCAUUCGCUAUUUUUAAAAUAGGUAUAAGCGCUGAGUUUCGAAUAUAGCAGAAUUGAUUUUGCAUUGCAUAUUCGUUCAUGAAUCAUUCGAAAAGGGAAAACAACAAACAAACAAAAUGCCCUUGUGAUAUUUUAACGUAGGUGCAAAUUACGUUCGGUCCAGAUGCACGCGUUUGAAGGUACCCACAUCCCGGAUGCUUUGUUUCACCCCCGUUCGAAUUUUCCUUCGGUACUAUUUAUUACCUAUAAAAAUGUCAGCAAACAAUAACUUUGCCUCUCGUUGUACACACCAGCUUUGGCUACUAAUAUUUAUAUUUACGUUCCGCGAACUAUUGCCAUAUAUUAUGGUGUUUUUACCACACGCAGAGGGCAACGGAAGCUACAAACAAAUCAACAAAUGUUCAUUUACGUUAUGCUACAUUACGGUAAUUAUACCUUAAUCCUAGAAACGAUGCUGGUCGACAACAUUUACUAGCAGUUUCGGCAGUGCCCUCUUGUAUCAAAAACCACACUACGCUAUAUAGGUCGGCGUAAAACACAUUACUUUAAAAACAGUUGUACAUUUUUUAUGUAAAUACUGCGAUUAUUGGAAUGACGUAAUUAUCAUGAUUAAUUAAACAGUUUUUUUAUAUUGUGAGGACGAUGUCAAGUAUGACGGUGAUGAUAUAUAUCAUUAUAAUUCUAAUAGUCCGUACACUUCUGUUUUAGUUAGGCGCAGUGGGCAAAAUCAAACAUGCACUGUCAUAAAAUAGAACGAAAAAAAGCAAAUGGUUUUUAAAUUUAAUCAGCACUUCUAAGUUCGUAGGUCGUGGUGACUUCGAUUCUGAUCAUUUUCAGAUAGGUUUAUACCUUGUAAAGAAGUUGUUCGAAGAUACAUAGAAUAUGAAGAAGUAACGUUGCUAUAGGUAUAGAUUAUUACUCGCUACGCAACAAACGUGACUAUGAACGAAUGUAACAAAUGUGCCGAAGAACUAGAAAAGAUAAAUAAAUAAUUCCUAUAACGGCUACGGCUCGA